AUGACGACUAUGGCUCCUACUGGCAAAGAUAGUUGGCAAACGGAGUUUUACAAGAAUGGAUAUCCCAAAGAAGUUAUUGUAAUAGAAGAUUCACCUACUCCACCACGAACACCUCAACAAGAAAGUCAAUAUAGUUCCACUUGUACCCUAAAACAUACACCUUUAAUGAACGAUACCAUUUUACCACCUGCUGCAUCAACAAGGUCUAAACGUGCUAUUCGAGAACAAGAAGAACAACAAAAUACCCAAGUUCGUUGGCAAAAAAGGAGACAACAACAACAACAACAACCGUUACCUUCUACACCUACUUUUACACCAACUACAACAAAGAAACGACGAAAACUUAGUGGACCAACAACUCAAGGCCCUACUCGAAAUACCAAUGUGUCAGCUCGAUUAGCACCAAAUCGAGCCCCUCCGUCUUCUCCUAUUGAUGAUAAGGAUGGUCACUUUAUUUUCAAACCAAACGAAUCUCUCACUCAAAGAUACAAAAUGAUGCGAUUGCUUGGUCAAGGUACUUUUGGAAAAGUGAUUGAAUGUUAUGAUCGUGUUAAACAGUGUCAUUGUGCUAUCAAAGUUAUCCGUGCUAUUCAAAAAUAUCGUGACGCCAGCAAGAUCGAAAUCCGUGUAUUGAAUGUAUUAAGAGAACAUGAUCCAUUAAAUCUCAACAAUUGCAUCCAUCUUGUGGAGUGGUUCGAUUAUGAAAAUCAUAUUUGCAUGGUAUUUGAACUGUUAGGUCAAUCGGUGUUUGAUUUCCUGAAGGCCAAUCACUUUCAACCUUUUCCUUUAUGCCAAAUCCAACAAAUCGCAAAACAACUCUUUACCAGUAUUGCGUUUGUACAUCAAUUGAAAUUGAUCCAUACAGACUUGAAACCCGAAAAUAUCCUAUUGAUCAGCAAUGAUGCUGUUUCCAAAAACAAACAAUCUGACAAACCAGUCCUGACAUUGAAAAGUACGAAAAUCCGUUUGAUUGAUUUCGGGUCUGCUACUUUUGAUAAAGAAUAUCAUUCCUCAGUAGUUUCAACAAGGCAUUAUAGGGCUCCUGAAAUUAUCUUGGGUAUAGGCUGGUCCUUCCCCUGUGAUAUUUGGUCCAUUGGAUGUAUACUAGUGGAACUUUUUACGGGUGAUGCUUUGUUUCAAACACAUGACAAUUUGGAACAUUUGGCUAUGAUGGAAGCUGUCCUUGGCAAAAUACCUCUCACAUUAGCACGCCAAUCUACACGGAAUGGGCAAAAGUUUUAUAAAGACAACCGAUUACAAUACCCAACAACAGAAACUACUCGACAAAGCAAGAAAUAUGUCAAAGCAUUAAAACCUUUACAGGAUAUCGUACCAUCAUCUCAAUCAAAAGGAAAUGCCUACUUGUUUGAUCUACUCAAAAAGAUUUUUGUUUAUGAUCCUGCACUUCGUAUAACCGCUCGUGAAGCCUUACAUCAUCCCUUUUUUCAGUGUGAUGUUUAAUUCCUUCUUUCGUCUUCCUAUGUCCAUUUUCCAUUUAUUUUACGUGUAUGUUCUUUUUUUUUUUAAUUAUCUAGUAAUUAUUUAACCCU